AUGUCUCUUACACCGCUUGGUCGACGUUUCUUUAGCACCUCACCUCCUGCAUUUGCAGCAGCAAGACGAACCGUCAAAAAUAAAUGGGAUGUUGCCAAAAUAGGGCCAGAUGUUGGAAAUGACCCGACAAGUAUGGGCCAUCGACUGAUACGGGAGAGGCGAGAGCUGUUACACUAUCUCCGAUUAAUCGAAUACGACAUCCCCCGACUGUCAAAAUUUAAUAAACCUUUCCAACCACCAUCGAAUUCCCCUCUCUCCAUCCGAACAUUCACGUACGGUGGGGAGCCUCAUGCUGCUGAACACAAGGCCAUUGUCGUUGUCCCGGUCUCUCAGCUUGGUCUCAAGACCCCUCAGGCGAUCCAUAAAUUCAAACUUCUUGCUGGGGUCAGAUGGUCAGAAACAGCACCUCGGGACGCAGGUUUCUCCGUCGGGGAAGUGGGGAACUCAUCUUUCGCUGAGCACGGGUAUGUCAAGAUCUCGAGCGAACACUUCCCAGAAGUUCGCAUGAAUGUUAAAUGGUGCUCCGACACUCUUGAUGAGAUGAUUAAACAAGCAAACGAUUCUUCAACAGACUCGUUCGCCGAUCUUCCACUUGAUAAGAGGCACAUAAUUUCCCAGCAAACAAAGCGGAGGCAAGGGGGUCACUCUUUCGGCCAGACAAAGCGUGCAACAAUUCGGGAUUUCCCUCAAGAAUGGCUGCAUACUACUUCAUAA